CUCCGUGCAAUCAUAUUUCCAGUCAAGCAGCAAAGGAUGACUGUGGGGCUGUGAGGAUGACAAUGGACGUAGUCGCAGAGAAUAACCCUUCGGUUCAAGACGGCGAGACGAAAAUGGCUGGGCAGGAUGAUAAAAGUGUGUUGAGCAACUUGGCUCCAAAAGACAGUACAAAAUAUUCGAAGGACCAGUCUGUGAGAUUGGAAAACGUCUGGCCGAAUCCUUGCAAAGUCUCAGACGAAGAUCUGGAGGGAGAUUAUGUGGAUCUAAUGAUGUUUUCUAAAGAUAAUUGCACUGGUCUGAUCACACAACCCCUAUAUAAGAACGGGGGUUCAGUCUCAGCUGUUUCAGCAAACAGCACGUGGGCAUGUGGGAGGACAAUAAGGUUUGCUGCAGAGCCUUGUUCACCAUGCUUAAGUAGAAGAUCAAAUCAGGAGUUCAAAAACCAGGAGAUGAAAUGCCGUUAUCGGGAAUCCUAUAUAGAAGCUCUGCAAAACCCAGUGAACUUUGAUUUCAAUUUAGCGGCAGAAAUGGCAGAAAAUUCUCAAGAGAAAAGGGAAGAGCGUGUGAUUGAACAGCAAGACACUUGCAGCUCAAAGGACUUUGUCAGCCACAGGCAAUGCCAGGAACCAAAGAAUUCCAGCAGAUUUGUUGACACAUCAAUGAGUAAGUCACCAAAGAAAGGUGAAUUAUUGGAAUAUCUUCGUCCACUUCCUACUUCGUUAAAGGAACAGCAUCAAUCUGCAGCCAAACUUAUCAUUUCACCUGCGGUGCCUCAGAAGGGAAAUCACAUACGUUCACAGUCCUUAAUCAACUCCAAUCAUUUGUUGCAUCGCAAUGGUGAAAGGUCAAGUUUGCCUCCUAUUGACGUUGGCUCUUCAGCAGAAAUGGUACCAAUCAGACAAACUCCUCAAUGUGCAAAGAAGAGUUUAGUGGCUUGCGUUUCUCCAAGGUCAAUAAGGCGUAGAGCACAACUGAAAGAUUCCAGGCCAGAAAUCAGAGUUCGGUCAGAAAUCCCCAUCUUAUUGGGACAAGGAGCUGAAGUUGUCUUGCCAACUGGUGAUUUUCUCUUAUCAGAACGUAACCAGAAGAGGUUUUCUUCCCGAUUGCUGGAUUUUAGCAAUGAUAUUCUCAAUUCAAAAGUUGGUUGUUUGCCAGGAAGCAGGGAUAAGGCAGGGAGAGCUGUGUUGCAAGUCUGCACCAACAACAGAGUGUGGCAGAAGCCAACCUGCACCAUUGCUGACCUCACCAGAUUGUUUCUGUAUUUCCACAGUGUUCCCAGGAAGGAGGUUAGGGAACUGGGGCUGAUGGUUGUUGUGGAUGCCAGAAGAUGCCCACCUCCUCUCGCACUUUAUAAGGCUUUUGGGUCAAUGCAGGAAUCUGUCCCUCACUCCAUUCACUGUGUCCUAAUACUAGUAGAUAAAGAGGCAUCAUUUAAGGUGGAGAAAUAUCCCGGGACAGUGAUGGAGGUUUUGACAUCCUUGAAAGCCCUGCACAAGUUCAUCGAGAGCAAUCAGCUGACAGAGGACCUGGAGGGGACAUUUCCUUACAGCCACUCUGACUGGACUCAGUUUCGUAUGAAAUUGGAGCUGUUCGUUAGAAACUGCAUAGAUGCGUCCAGCCUACUUUUGGAGACCAUUAGAACAUUUGAAUCCACUAAACCUGGUAUCAGUGUGCAGGCAGUCCUUCACUGUAUCAGUAACCACAAGAUGAUGAUGAGGCAAGUCCUACAAGAUUCACGUUUGGUUGGUUUGCAGUUGCAAGGUGGAGCAAUCCUGUCUCGACUGAAGAGAGAAGAAACUCGGUUUGCCUUCUCUGAGGACUAUAGGGACGCUAUGGAUUCAGUCACAUCUCUCUACAACAAGGUUGAGGAGGGUGUCCAUACGCUGGUGACAAAGUCCAAUUGGUGUUUGCAGCACUUAGAGUUCUUAAAGGUUCUGAGGACGCUGGAGGAAAAAAUCCAAAAGCUCAACGACUGGAUUCUUUCUGAAGGUGAAUCCUGUGUGAAGGACUCUGACUCCAGUGAAGAUUCUCUCGAUGCCAUACAGCAAACACAGCAAAGAUUCAGUGACCUCUUUUCGCUGGUCACAAAAGAAUACCACAAGGGUUUAGAGCUGCUCCGAGAAGCUGAUCAAUUGAACGGUUCAUCGUAUCCUGAGUUUCCAGCCUUCAGGGAAAUGGUGGAAACCUUCAAAGUGCGCAUGAAUAAUCUUCAAACAAGAGCAAAGAGACGUCAAGAGGAGUUGGAGGCCCUGGUUCAUCUGUACGCCUUCUGUGAGCAGGCGACACGGUUUGCAGCGGAGUGCAAGCACUACCUCAGGCAGCUGGACGUCGGGAUGCCCAAAGUGCCCAGAUCGGCCGUGCUGCAGCAGCUCGAGGGUUACCAGCAGAGGUUUGGAGAAUUCUCUGAGGACAAGUUCCAGCAGACGAAAGUCCGGAUUUCCGGCCUGAACAGCACCAAGGGCACAAAGGUAUGGAACAUGACCUGGCUGAAGUGUCAGGAGGUCAGGCAACUCCUGGAAGAAAAGCUGGAGAUUUGCAGGAAGGCUUUAAGAGAUGGUAACGAUCAUUGCACUGGUGACAAGAAAUCACCAGGGGACAAGGUCCAAGAGGGCAGUGAUAACCCAGCUACAAACUCCAUUAAUAACUCUGGUGACUCCAUAACUCCAGAGGAUGUAAGUUGGAAGAGAGAGAAAGACAAUCAGCCCCAGCCUAUGAAGAGAGUUCAUAACUAUAACGAAAACACAACCAGUACGCAAGAUGUGGUUCAUUCAUCAAGUGGAAUACCGAUAAUCUCUUCAACCUUUAAUUGGCCCCUGUGGCUCCGUGCAUCGCAAGGGUUGAACAGAGAUAGUGGAACACAGUUCUGUUCUUUGCCCUCUUACACAGAUGCCAUCUUUUCUCCUCCUAUCCGACGCAAAAGCUUUCCUUCCAGAAAGAUCAUGCAGGCGGCACAAGGCUUUCAGCUGUCAAGGCACCAGAGUUUCUGCUCUGAAGACGGAGGACCUAAGAACACUAAGCUGGUCGACAACAAUAAUUACCCCUCUCCCCAUGUCAGCCCAAUGCUGAGCCAGACUCAAGGACCAAACUUGUUACUUGGGACGAUCCAGGAACCAACGACAGAAACAAAAAGACAUUGCUGCACUAAACUGCAGCGAAUCAUGGAGGAGAUGCUGAUCACAGAGAGGAAGUACGUGCGCUCUCUCGGUUACAUCAUCGCUCACUACUUCCCCGAAAUGGAGCGGCCAGAUCUGCCCCAAGACCUCCGGGGCCAGCGAGCGACCAUCUUUGGGAACCUGGAGAAGCUGCAUGACUUCCACAGCCAGUACUUUCUGAAGGAGCUGGAGGCCUGUGUACAAGAUCCCAUUAGCGUCGGCCACAGCUUCCUCAGAUAUGAGGAGCAAUUUGCCCUGUAUGCGUUGUACAGCAAGAACAAGCCUCAAUCGGAUUUCCUGCUCAGCAGUCAUGGCAACACUUUCUUCAGGUCUAAACAGCUGGAGCUGGGAGAUAAGAUGGACUUGGCUUCCUACCUGCUGAAACCCAUCCAGAGAAUCAGCAAAUACAACUUACUUCUGAAGGACAUGAUCAAAGAGUGUGGGACAGCCCAGAGCCAGGAGCGAAAGGAACUUCUCGUAGCUCAUGAGAUCGUCCGCUUCCAGCUUCGACAUGGAAACGACCUACUUGCCAUGGACGAUAUACAGGAAUGUGAUGUGAACCUGAAGGAACAAGGCCAACUCUUACGUCAAGAUGAAUUCAUCAUAUGGUACGGACGAAAGAAAUUGUACAGGCACGUCUUUCUCUUUGAAGACCUUAUACUCUUCAGCAAGACCAAGAAAACAGAGGGAAGCAAUGACAUCUACAUUUACAAGCAAUCUUUUAAGACAUCCGAAAUAGGAAUAACGCACAACUCCGGUGAGAGUGGGUUGCGCUUUGAAAUUUGGUUUAGGCGGCAGAAAUCCCAGGAUACCUAUAUAUUACACUCCCCAUCUCCCGAGGUGAAGCAAGCCUGGAUAGAAGACUUGGAGAGAAUACUGUGGAACCAAGCCUUGAGGAACAGAGACGCCAGAAUGCCAACACUGCUAGCUGGGGCUGUUCUGGAACAGGCAAAAAGACCGAAUUCCACUGGCUCCAAUGGCAGUAUCUGCUCUUCGGGCAGCCAUGCUUCUUCUUCAUCUUCAGGCUUCGGUUCCCUCAACAUGCACCUUUACGCCUCUUCUCCAUCCACCUCAGGAGGCACUGCUCUCAUCAAUGGGGCUUUCUAUAAUAUGCACAUGCGCAUUGAUGAAGAUGACUUGGAGUGUGACCCAGAUGACAGGCCUGAGAGUUCAGAGACAUCUUCCCAGUGCAACUCUGCAGAGAGCAUGAGUGGCUUUAGCAGCUCGGAGCACAGCAGCCUUUCUCUCACUGGAGGAGACGCAGACGAGUUGUCUUCACUCUGCUCCUCGUCCUGCAAACCCAUCUCAGAUGUGUGCUCCCAUAGUGCAUCUCCAUUCACAAUCCCUGGAGCAUCGAAAGAAGAGCAGCCAUUUGGCCAUUACCUGAAGAAAGUCUGAAAUCUGCCGAAUAACAAACUGAACCUUGUUGGGGAAGCCUUGCUGACAGAACUUAAACCUGCGCUGAGGCUUGAAAUUUGAUUUCAGUUAAAGCUGCAGCGAGUGAACAGAUUUGCACUGGUUUGUUGUGCCACCUGAGCUUUUCUAUGACAGAUUGUCCUUUCAGUUUGGAAGAACAGAUGCUCCUCUACAGCGGAAUUCUAAAAUGACUCAUUAGUCUCAAAGAACCAGCUUGGCCCCACAGCUGGUGGCAACAUAAGGCUCAGUGAUGUUAUGUCCCAAAGCCUGAACCCAAACCAAGGUCAAGGGAAGGAGAGGAACUUGCAAUCAAGUCGCCAUGGCUGCAAGGCUGAAACCAUUUUGUAAUUGUAUCAUUCAAUGAUUCCAAGGCUCGGGAUCUGAAGCGUGGAAAAAAAGAGAAAUGUAAAUGAAAAGUAAUGGUCACUGGAUUGGGGAAAAUCUGACUGUUGAUACAUAAACCUCCAAACUGGAUUAAUCAAAGAGCGGGGAUGAAAUGUUUAAUUGUCAUCCAACUAUGUAAUCAUAAACAUGGAUUAAAGCUGACCUAAAUCUCAAUUAAUAGUGUGUUGCACUUUGUGCUACAGCGGGUCAAUGUUCUCUUUAGGCUCUAAUGGGCAUAGACUGGUCUAAUGUGCACCAUGCGUAAAUGCAUGCAAAUCCAGAGAAGGAAUGACAAUGCUUCUGCGCUCUGAGAUGCUACGCCACCUCAAGGGUGCAAUGCAAUUGCAUGUUGUUGUUAUUGUUGACAGGCACCUUUAAUAUAUAAUUAACAAGUAAUGACAGGAUUAGUUGUUAAUCACAUUAUUACGGGAAAUUUCCUCUGUACACGUUUGCACAAGGCAGAUAGUACACACUUGUUUACACAUGACAUACAUUACAUCCCAAUGUAUUGUAUGAUACAAAAUCUCAAUAGCAAAUGCUAUACGUCAGCUUGGCUCAGUUAGUCACACUCUCACCUCUGAG